AACUCGACGUGGUUCAUAUUUAACUUUUGUUAUUUUAAAAUGUUUUCGAUUUUCCAUUCUUACAUAAUGUUGCUCACUAGGUAAUUUUCAUUUCAUUAAGCAGUAAACACAAUUACUAUUCGCAUUAGUUUACUAGUAAAUCUGUUAGUUGUACAAUCAGCGUUGUACCAAACUUACUAUUGACUGAAUUUUUUUAAUUAUUUAAUAACAAUAAACGAACGCCUGGAGGAACAUUUAAGUGGAUCAAUCACACAAGAUCUUAGAUCACUUAAUUCAGCAAUGCCAAAUAAUUUCAAUAAGCUAAAACUUUUGUUAUGGAAAAACUUGAUGAUCCAAAGGAGAAGGUCUUUGCAAUCGGCUUUUGAAAUGUUUUUACCUGCCGUUAUAGCAUUUGUAAUGAUUUUCUUAAGAACGUGGGUAAGACCAGUAGAAUUUAAUGAGCCUACAAGAUACCCUGCAUUUUCAAUAACGGCGCCUCCGAUAAUUACAAAUUAUACAGACAGGUGGACUAUUGCAUGGAGUCCAUAUAAUCCAGCGUUAGAACUAAUAAUGAUCGCGGCUUUUGCAAAGAUCUCAAUGUUGAAACUGAGAAGUUUCAACGACUGUGCCGAAAUGGAAAACAAUCUAAAUCGAGAUAGAAAAAUGAAAACUUAUUUAUCCGGCGUCUGCUUCGACAACGUCCUACCCAAUUCGACUUCAGUGCCGAAAAAUAUAGUCAUAAAACUCAGGUAUCCGUGUCAGCUAAGAGUGACCAAAAAGAGCUUAAUGAGUUUUGACACCGUCGAAGCAAACUGGAAAACGUACUUGUCGUUUCCUUUGUACCAAACGUUGGGACCUCGUCACAAAGAAGAAAUCAGCGGUGGCGAACCUGGUUACGUUGCCGAAUCGUUUUUGUACGUUCAAAGUUUGAUCUCCGAGGCCUUUGUCACGUAUUGGUCUCCGGACAAGUGUAUUCCGAAAAUUCAAAUGCAACGUUUUUCGUAUCCAAACUACAAGUUCGACCCUUUACUCACGGCACUGUCUUCGUUCGUGUCGAUUCUAGUGAUGUUUAGCUACGUGUACACGGCUAUUAGUACAAUAAAAAUGAUUGUAUCCGAAAAGGAAUCAAAAUUAAAGGAGACCAUGAUGCUGAUGGGAUUGGACAAUUGGUUGAUAGCCACAGCUUGGUAUUUGAAGAGUUUUGUGGUGUGGAUGAUACCACUAUUUGUAAUUGUGCUGUUCGUCACGUACAAUUGGCCGGCCACAGAAGGAAAUCGAUGUUCCGAAAUGUUUAUGCUCCUGAUCGUCCUCACUCCAUUCGUCACCUCCAGUAUUUCUUACUGCUUUCUGGUUGCAGCUUGCUUUAAAAAAGCCAACACUGCAGCAGCCGUCGGUGGAGUCCUGUGGUUCGUCACAUUCACUCCGUACAUGAUCUCCCAACCUAAAUACACAGCAAUCUCGUCGCGCUACAUUCUAUUGUCCACUGUUUUACCGAAUACCGCUUUGGGGUAUAUAUUUCAAAGUUUCAUCAUGCUCAAAGGUAUCGGAAAAGAUCUAUCUUGGACGACCAUCGCAUCGCCCAUCACCCCGGACGACAAAUGCAGUAUAGCUAAUGUCAUGACAAUGCUGGUUGUGGAUACGGUAUUGUAUUUAACGAUAGCUUUAUACACGGAAAUUGCUUUUCCGGCACAUGGUGGCUAUCGACCUCCGUGGUACUAUCCUAUCCAGCUCUCGUAUUGGUUUGGCCAAAAGCAAUCGAACACCGAUGUAGGCCCAGGAAAAUCGGGAAUUCAAAUUCAAUCGCUGACCAAGUACUACGGUAAUUGCGACCAACCAGUGGUCGACAGUCUAACCGUGGACAUGUAUCCGAAUCAAAUCACCGUUCUAUUGGGACACAACGGUGCCGGCAAGUCGACUACCAUGUCGAUGCUAAGCGGUUUGAUAAGGCCAUCAUCCGGUUCGGCUUUAAUAGAAGGACGUGACAUUAACACUCAGAUGAAAACGAUUCGCAGCUCAUUGGGGCUCUGUCCACAAUACAAUUUACUCUUUCCGGACCUAACAGUCAUUGAACAUUUAAAGUUUUUCGGGGUGUUGAAAGACUUGAGUAACGAAGCGCUAAAUGAUGAGAUACAAAAAUAUAUAGUGAAAUUCAAAUUGGAGUCCAUGCUCAAUACCAAAGCCGAACACCUCAGCGGAGGAAUGAAAAGAAAGCUAUCCGUCGCCAUCGCUUUGAUCGGAAAGUCUAAAGUAGUGUUGAUGGACGAACCGACUUCGGGCAUGGACCCAAUAGCCAGACGAACCUUAUGGAAUAUUUUACAGUCGGAACGUGAAGGAAGGACAAUAGUGAUGACUACUCAUUUGAUGGAUGAAGCCGACUUGUUGGGUGACCGAGUAGUUAUAAUGAAAACUGGAAAACUUUGUUGCGUUGGAACGCCGUUCUCGUUAAAAAAGAAGUAUGGCGGUGGUUAUAAUCUCACAUUGAUAAUGGACAAAGCGACAUUCGAUGUCAACGGAACGACAAUGUUUAUCCAAAAUCAUUUCCCUAACGUUAUACCUGGCAGAAUCACUCCCGUGGAAGUGACCUACAAAUUGCCAGAGUCGGGUUUAAUUCCAGAGCUUCUGAACACCUUGGAGAAAAAUAAAUCAUGUUUAGGAAUCAAAGAAUACGGUAUUACAUUCAUCAGGUUGGAUGAUGUUUAUGAAAAAUUCAGCAACCACGAUGGUCAGUUACCUUAUCAAAACUCAUCCCACAUUAAGUUUACUUCCGACAGUUGUGUAUACGAAAAAAACCGUUUACAUUUAAAAGCUAAUAGAGCUACGGGAUGGAAACUAUUCGCCAUUCAAUUGCAGGCGUUGAUGGUGAAAAAAUACUUACAGUCUUCUCGUGCAUUAGUUUUGCACUCGCUUCAAAUAGCACUGACGGUUGUGUUCAUAUUCGCGUCAUUCGCUGUCGUAUUCGCGUGGAAAAGCAUAACGGACCUUCCGGCUCUGGCUGUCAGCUUAGACAAUUUUUGGAAGCCAGUUAGCACAAUAAUGUUGGCAUCUCAUGAAAGAGACGUCAUAGACAUGUAUAAUUCAUACAAAAAUGCUUGUGCGCCGUAUCCUGUGCUCGAGGUGGGAGGCUAUAACAAAUCACUGGAAUAUUUCGAAAACUUUUUGCUAAAAAUAGUAACCAAGAACGUACCGUUGUACACGCAGACGUACAUAGUCGGCGCUGUGUUCAAUAGAAGCACCGCAGUGGCAUACUUCAACAAUAAGCCUUAUCACGGUCCGCCUUUGUCUUUGAAUAUGGUCUACAACGCUAUUCUGAAAUCCCAAUGCGGCGAGGAUUGUGGAAUUGAAAUCGUCAACCAUCCGCUACCGUACCAAGGGAUGGACAGGCAACUGACGUUGGUGGGUGGCAGCAAUUUGGGUUUUCAAGUGGCGUUCAGCUGUGCCGUUUCCCAAGCCCUGGUAUGCGCGCUGUACGUGCUCUAUGCGGUCAAAGAACGGCAGAGCGGUGUUAAGCUAAUGCAAAACAUUGCUGGGGUUAAGCCCACAGCGUAUUGGAUAGCGUCUUUACUGUGGGAUUGGAUCAGCUAUUCGUUGAUCAUAUUCACCAUCGUGGUCGCGUUGUACGUGUACGGCGAUCCGGGCUAUUCUGACUUGAAGCAAACGAACUCCAUGCUCGUCCUUUUGGCCGCUUUCUCGUGGGCAGACCUGCCUUUGAUGAGUCUGUUUUCGUACCUGUUCACCGAACCUUCUUCGAGUUUCUCCGGCGUAGCGAUAUUCAACGUUAUUACCGGCGCUUUUGGUCUUAUGCUCGUCAUGAUCCUUCAAGUGGAACCGCUGUGCCUGAAAGACCAAUCUCGGUUCAUUCACUCGGUGUUGAUUUAUUUCCCGCAUUACGCGUUGAGCAACGGUUUGAAAAAUAUUUACGCCCACCACGAGUACAGUGAAAUAUGCCAGUCCUACGAAAACGCCACGUUGUGUCCUGUGAGGGGGAAAAUUAACAAAGGCGAGAACAGCUGUUUACGCGGGAUCGUAAGUCCGGAGAUCGACAGAAAUGUUGCGCAUUUGUUUUGGUUUGGUCUGGUAAACGUUUUGCUGCUAUUGUCGUGUGAAUAUCUCAUGCGUGCCACGAGCAAAACAAGAGAUGUUCUUUGGAAUACUUUGAAAGAUUCUAUUGAAAAAGCUGUCAACGCAGACACAAACGAUAGUAAUAAUAUGAGCUCUUCCGAAUCGGACGUGCAGCGUGAGAAGCAAACGGUUCACGACUCCUCUUAUCCGCAGAGUUUCUCUGUUUACCUCAAAAACGUAGGGAAAAACUACGGUAAAAAACAAGCGGUCAUGGGAAUGGAUUUGGCUUUAAGACCCAACGAGUGCUUUGGACUGUUGGGAACAAACGGAGCUGGCAAAACGACCACGUUCCAAAUGGUUACCGGAGAUAUUAAAAACUCUUCGGGAGACAUCUAUGUGUGCGGCAUACACGUUAACAACAACAGCCAAAAGAUUCACGAAGUGGCUGGCUACUGUCCACAGUUUAACGGUAUUAUCGAAGAGCUCACCGGCUACGAAUCGCUUUAUUUCUUCUCUCGCCUAAGAGGAAUGUCGAAAAAAGAGGCUACCGACGUUUCGUUCCAUCUUGCCUCGAGGCUAGCGUUAAUCCCUUAUUUGAACGUACAAGCGAAGAACUACAGCGGAGGAAACAAAAGAAAACUAAGCGCAGCCAUGGCGAUGAUCGGCGAUCCUCCUGUAUUGUUUUUGGACGAACCAACGUCCGGCAUGGAUCCCGCCGCCCGGAAAAACUUGUGGGACUUCAUUAGCGAAGAAAGAGAUAAGGGAAAAUGCAUAUUCAUCACGACACACGGUCUUGAAGAAUGCGAAGCCGUGUGUACCCGUUUAGCCAUAAUGGUGGACGGUCGAAUCAGCUGUAUAGGAUCUAUACAACAUCUCAAGAACAAAUACUCGGAUGGCUACCAGUUGCACGUGAAAUUUCACCCAAACAACCGGAAACCCGCCAAAGAGUUCAUAGAAGUUUUGUUCGAAAACUAUUCGAUAAGUGAACAAUUCGAAUCAAUGUCGGUGUUUCAUAUUCCUGAAAAAUAUUCUUGUUCGUUUGUAUUCACACAGAUGGAACAAGCAAAACGAGACAUGUCGAUUGUAGACUAUUCAAUUCAACAAACCACUCUGGAACAGGUGUUUUUGAAUAUCAUCAAAAAUAAAAAUCAAGCCCUAUAGCACAAUUUUUGGAUGUUGUAUUUGUUAACGCCACGAUGAAAAAAUUAAGACUGUUUUCAACUAUCAAAACUAGAUGGAUUUAUGGUGUUCAUAUUAAUUGUUUAACGUUCAAACAACGAAUCAAUAAUUAUAAUUUAUAUUUAUUAUUUAUUUUAAUUUUUUUUUACAAUAAUAAUUAUAAUUAGAAAAAUAAUUAUAAGUAUAUAAGGCACUUUUAGAAUAAUAAUAAAUAAAAUAAAUUGGGUCUUUGGCAUAUAAACGUAAACUAAUGUAAUUAUAAAAAUAUAUAGUUAUCAUUAUAAUAUUAUCUAAGUAUACUCAAAACAAAAUAAUUGAUAUUUAAGUCUUUCAAAUAGGUACAUUCUUAUUAUAAUAACAUUUAUAGGAUAUCGACUAAUAUACAAACAGAAAAAAAAACAGAAAAUCAAGCACAUUUUAAUGGGCGUGUAGUAUGUAAGAAAUUAUUUUUUAAGAAAAAAAGGUAAUUACUAACUUGUUUGCUAACGAAACACAGUAACUAUCGUUGUAAAUCUAAUAUUUUGCCGAAAAAAUGAUACAUACUUAAGAUAAAAAUUGACUUUAUAAAAAUAAAUUAUUCGU